CCAUCAAUUGUCGAUCGAUUGGGCAGUCGUGAGCGGUGAAAAAACAGUAUUUAUCUGGUGAAACAAUAGAGCAAGUCCAUUCAAAGCAAAAACACUUUGACUUUAAUUAAUUUAGAUUAAUUCCAGUGCUCAAUUCCCUUGAGUUCUGAUAAAAUAAUAAGUACACUCGUUGUGCGUUCUGAAUGAAGUGUUCUGUUGAGGUUAGACCGAUGUUACUCCGAGAUUUCUCCCCAAAAUUUCACGAUAAAUAACACUUUCGUGGGUUGAUAGUAUUGAAAAGACACUUGAGAGUAAAAUAACUUGGAUAAAAUGCCUGACAUCAAGGUGACUCCACUGGGGGCAGGACAGGACGUGGGCAGAAGCUGCAUUCUGGUCUCCAUGGGCGGGAAAAACAUAAUGCUGGAUUGUGGAAUGCACAUGGGGUUCAACGACGAGAGGAGGUUUCCUGAUUUUUCUUAUAUCGUUCCUGAGGGGCCCACCACCAACCACAUCGACUGCGUUAUCAUCUCUCACUUUCACUUGGAUCACUGUGGGGCCCUCCCCUACUUCACAGAAAUGGUCGGUUACACAGGUCCAAUCUACAUGACCCACCCCACAAAAGCCAUCGCCCCAAUUCUCCUGGAGGACAUGAGGAAAGUCGCUGUUGAGAGGAAAGGUGAGAGCAACUUCUUCACCUCUCAAAUGAUAAAAGACUGCAUGAAGAAAGUGAUAGCAGUGACCCUCCACCAGUCGGUGAUGGUUGACUCUGAGCUCGAGAUUAAAGCUUACUACGCAGGCCACGUCCUAGGGGCAGCGAUGUUCUGGAUCAGAGUUGGUUCCCAGUCAAUAGUCUACACUGGAGACUACAACAUGACGCCAGACAGACACUUGGGGGCUGCCUGGAUCGACAAAUGUCGUCCAGAUCUCCUGAUCUCCGAGUCCACGUACGCAACGACAAUCAGAGACUCGAAACGCUGCAGAGAGCGAGACUUCCUGAAGAAGGUGCACGAGUGCAUAGACCGAGGGGGCAAGAUUCUCAUUCCAGUUUUCGCCCUAGGGAGGGCCCAGGAGCUCUGCAUCCUCCUCGAGACGUACUGGGAGAGAAUGAACCUCAAGGUCCCCGUUUACUUCGCCCUGGGGCUCACAGAGAAGGCCAACAACUACUACAAAAUGUUCAUCACUUGGACCAACCAGAAGAUCAAGAAGACAUUUGUCCAGAGGAAUAUGUUUGACUUCAAGCACAUCAAGCCCUUCGACAAAGCCUACAUCGAUAAUCCAGGGGCUAUGGUGGUGUUUGCAACUCCAGGAAUGCUGCAUGCAGGCCUCUCCCUCCAGAUAUUCAAGAAGUGGGCGCCCAACGAGCUGAAUAUGGUGAUAAUGCCUGGUUUCUGCGUUCAGGGGACAGUUGGUCACAAGGUUUUGAGUGGAGCUAAACGCAUUGAGUUCGAGAAUCGCCAAAUUGUCGAGGUGAAGAUGGCAGUCGAGUACAUGUCGUUCUCUGCUCAUGCCGACGCCAAAGGUAUCAUGCAGCUCAUUCAGUACUGCGAGCCAAAGAAUGUCAUGCUGGUUCACGGGGAAUUCGCCAAGAUGGAGUACUUGAAGGAUAAAAUUAAGCAGGAGUAUGGGGUGAACUGCUACAAUCCAGCGAAUGGGGAGACCUGUGUCAUCACGACGAGCUCCAAAGUCCCUGUGGACGCCUCUCUGGCUCUGCUGAAAGGGGAAGCCAAGAGGUACUCGGCUCUUCCUCCAGACCCCAAGAGGAGGAGACUUCUCCAUUCAGUUCUCAUGCUCAGGGAGGAUGGAGUCUGCUUGGUGGAUGCAGACGAAGCUGCCAAGGCCGCUGGCAUCCCCAAACACGUGGUGAGGUUCACGUCAACUGUCCAAGUCAGGGAUCCAGACCCUCCACACGCCACGACCCUCAAACUCCUUCCACUACUGCAGGAGAAACUCGAGGGCUGGCAGCUGCAAAUGACCGAGGGCUCAAUCUCAGUGGAGUCUGUUGUGGUGAUGGUCGAGGGGAAUGAGGACGAUCAGAAGACCAUCUACGUGUCCUGGACCAAUCAGGAUGAGGAUUUGGGGAGCUACAUUCUCGGCUUCUUGCAGAAUAUGUUCAAGUAGAUUAGUAGAUCGCUUGUAGAUGGAAUUAUCUCAGCCUGUGAUAUAGACCUAGAGUUGAAAAUUCAAUACAACUUUUUUAUGACAACAAAAUACUGUGUCGUUAUUUGAGGGUGAGGGAGAAUGAAUGAGUAAAUCUUCAUUAUUGCAGGGUACAUAUACUUUAUUAUUAGUAUUUUCUUCUGUUCAUUUAAUGCUAUGUAUUGCAACUGUCGUAAUAAUAAGAUACUACCAGAAUUUUUAGUUUCAUCAUCAAAUUCAGUAAGGCUGACCCAAUGGUUUUAAUUUUUCUUUUAAAAGUUCAACAACAUCACUGUGUGGAUUUCUUGUCUCUUCAUUUUCUAAUGAUUUUAACAGAGAAUUAAACAACAGAUAACAUAUAAUUGGUUUUGAGUCUUGGUGAAGUGUGAAAAUGCACUUUUGUUCGGUUUUUCUCGUCACUUCUCAUUGGGAAUAAAAAGAUAAUCUCUUCGAUUGGACGAAAUAAUUGAUUGUUCCAGUUGAUUUUAAAUAAUAAAGUGUCGGCCUUAGCAAUUAAUUUCACCUCAAUAAAUUAUUAAAUUUUUGAGUCUGUUGAUUUUGUCAAUAAUUAUCAUCACUGUCCAAUCGAAUUACAAUUAAUUAUUUUUCGUUAAUAUUUUUCCCUUAAUUCUGCAUGUAUAUAAAAUGUAUAUAAAAUAAGUACGGUAUUGAAUGAAAAAAUGUUUAUUUCAUCAUAAUAAUAGCGAUCAGCUUGUAUUAUAUUAUUUCUCCAUUUAGGCUGGUUAUUCCAUUUUUCCAUUAAAUUUUCAUUUCAUUAGCAGGGUUUGGUGGUGUUGGUAAAUGUUAAAAAAAUUGGCAUUAUAAAUGUUCACGUUGAAUUUUCCAUGCAUUUGUUGAAAAUUCUCAGUGCAAGAAGACAUCUCACUCAUUUAUUUUCAUUCACCAAACCCUGAAUACCAUUUUCAUGGAAUCUCUCGGUUAAUUUCGAGAUUAACGUUAUAUUUCUCGAGAAUUUUUCCAUAUUCUUCAGCCCAUCUCCAGUGAAUUCAAUUCUUACGCUGUUAAAAACUUUGGGAUUCAGUAACAUGACAAUAUCAAAUGAAUCUCCGAGGAUUUCAAUGGUUUUUGUAUGAGUAUUAAGAACGCAAUAAACGUAGUUUAAAUUCUUCAAUUGCAAAAAAAUGCACAAAAUGAGAGAGAGAAUGUGUAAAAAAAAAGGAUUUCAUCUCACUCAACCCCAAAAUAAAUUUCCCAUUUCCCUCAGUUCUUAUUAAUCAUUUGUUACUUGGCAAUUUUUGAUAUGAUUCCCUGUUUUUUAAAUAUACUUUUUUUUAAUACGAUGAAAAAUAUAUC